UCGGAUCCUACCCGAUAGAAUAUCGUUGAAGUAGUGUCGUUUCUUCAGCUGAAAAUACAGAGAGAAAGAGACGUGAAAAUGGUGUUUCAGAAUAUGAAGCUUCCUUUCACAACCCACUCCUUCUUUCGAACUGCUUAUCACUCUACUCUUUUCUUCUUCCCUAACCACAAAACUUCGUCUUCUUCAGCGAAGUGGUUUAGAGGUGAUCAGCAUUGCUCCUUCAGAAGAUUUUCUGUAAAGUCAGCCAAGUUCCCUCUAUCAAAGAAAAAAAAGAGACUUGAUGAGGUAUGCUUGGAGAGGUUUCAACAAUAUAGCCGAACCUUCAUACAAUCAUGGAUAAUACAAGGAAAAGUGUAUGUGAACGGUAAGGUGGUAAAUAAAGCUGGGACACCUGUCUCAGAUGAAGCUGUUGUGGAGAUCAACGCUGAAGUUCCAAAAUAUGUAUGUAGAGCAGGAUACAAGUUGGAGGCUGCUAUUGAGCAACUAGGAGUUGAUGUUACAGAUAAAAUUGCUCUUGAUUCAGGGUUGUCAACUGGAGGAUUUACUGAUUGCCUGCUCCAGCAUGGCGCUGCUUUUGUAUAUGGAGUUGAUGUAGGCUAUGGGCAGGUGGCAGAUAAAAUUCGCCGAGAUGAACGAGUCUCUGUUAUAGAGCGAACAAAUUUAAGAUAUCUUCCUGGGCUUCCGCAAAAAGUUGAUCUGGUGACUUUAGAUCUGUCCUUCAUCUCCAUACUCAUGGUGAUGCCUGCUGUGGUCAAGGUGAUGAAGGAGCAAUCCACAUUAAUUACCCUUGUAAAGCCUCAGUUUGAAGCAAAGAGAUCCCAGGUAGGUAGUGGUGGUAUAGUUAGAGAUCCAGAGGUCCAUAAAGAGGUUCUAGAGAAGAUAACAAACGGGGUGCAAAGUUUCGGGUUUCAAAGCAAAGGAUGGAUUGAGUCCCCUCUAAAGGGCGCUGAGGGUAAUAUAGAGUUCUUGGUUUGGUUUGAGCGAACAGCUGAGGAAGCCGUAUCUGUUGUAUAAGUUAGUGACAUUUUCCUGGGCUCUUCAUGGGAGAAACACACGAAGUAUCAGAGCAAGCUAUCAUGUUAACAAAGGACAAAGAGUUGAGAAAAUGAACGUCUCCUUGGCCAAAAGGACUGCAAUGGUGUUGCCGACUUGCCGUUAAUCCACUAGGACUUUACACCGAAUGGAUGAUGAUUUACUGUCUAUAUUAAGCUUCGAUGCAAUACCAGAAGUCGGUAUUUUGAUGAUUUAUAUCCUGAUUAUAGCCAAAGCCAAACCGUAGCUGUAAGGCCAAUAGUGACUGCUUAAUAUUCUUAUACAUGAUGUUUAGGUAUGCCUUUCCAGAACAUGUUAUGAUUCCCACUAUAUUAUUCCUUCCAUUUUAAAAAUUUAGGUCGUCAUAUGACAUUUUGGGGGAUAGUUGAUGUAAAUGUACUGUUUCAUAUUGUCUCAACGGAAACUUUGAUGGGAAAUCUUCUAGUACAUGUAUAACUUUGCAGUAGUCAAUAAUAAUGAUUAAACUCCAA